ACUUGGCGAAAUACUUACUACCUGAUAGAUAGAUAUUUUACUUGAACGUGUGAAUUGAGGUUUCCCAAGAACAGUCAUGUAGAGACCGUGAUUAAGUGAUAAACAAUUUAGUCAUUCGCACAUAAAUAAUUUUAUUUUCUUGUUACCGAUCGAUAUAUGGUACAUAAGUAGUAGUUGUAGUUGGCAGGCAGGGAGACAAUAACGUAGUAAUCGUUGUAAUGAGUUCAAUAACAAUGUAUCCGUGUUUAAAGAAAUUUCCUUAUUGCAAUACACAUUCGCAGAUGAACUAUGAUGGUCUAUUGACGCAGUUAACGGAUGAGAAAUUGACAUUGUUUCAAGGGAGAUCAACGGUGGCGACAACAACCGCUGCUAAUAUAAUACCUGUAGAGGAGGGAGCCAUCGAGGAGGAACAGGCAGCUACUAUACAAUGUGUUAAAAGACCUCCUACUGGAGCGUCGGCAAAUACCAGUAAAUCAGAAGUUUCAACACCUCAAAGAAAAAUAUCUACAUCUUCACGUUUUAUCAAUGCUUUUCAACAGCUAUACACCACUUCAAGUGGUUCCUGUGUUAAUAAUGCAGUAGAAAGUGAUGACAACGAUGGCAACACCGCAUCAUCGACUUCGACAUCAACACCGGCUGCUGGUAGAACUCCCACAAAAGGCAUGGAGUCAAAGUUGCUUACCAUGUGGCAUAAUGUUAAAUACGGCUGGAGUGGAAAAUUGAAAUCAAAUUUUUCUAAAGAACAACCCGUCUGGUUGUUGGGAAGAUGCUAUCAUCGUAAGGCAACACCAUCCUCUUCUAUGGAAACAUCAGCAGAAUUGAGUAAUAAUCCGUGUCAAGACAAUGGUAUAAUAUCGAGUGCUUAUGACACAAUACAACAAGUCAACUCCGAAAACAUAAUGACACCAAAUAGUAACACGGCUCCAUUGUAUCCCAUCUUAAAUCCUCAACAGGUAGAGGAGAUAGUUGUGCCACAGGAAUUGGCUACGGAUGCUACAGAGAAUCAGGUGGGCGAUAAUCCCUGGGAGGAGGGUAUUGAAGGGUUUAAACGUGAUUUCUACAGCCGUAUAUGGAUGACAUAUCGUCGAGAGUUCCCCUUGAUGAAUGGCUCAAAUUACACUUCAGACUGUGGUUGGGGCUGUAUGCUGCGCAGUGGUCAAAUGUUAUUAGCCCAAGCAUUAAUUUGUCACUUUUUGGGACGCACCUGGCGUUAUGAUUCAGAAUCUCAAUUGCAUUCGACCUAUGAGGAUAAUAUGCAUAAAAAGAUCAUUAAAUGGUUUGGUGAUAGUUCAUCGAAAAGUUCACCGUUUUCUAUACACACCUUAGUCGGUUUGGGUGAAAAAAUGGGUAAAAAACCUGGUGAUUGGUAUGGUCCAGCAUCAGUAUCAUAUUUAUUACGACAAGCCUUAAAAAAUGCUGCUCAAGAAAAUGCUGAUUUUGAUAAUCUGGUUAUAUAUGUGGCCAAGGAUUGUACAAUUUAUAUCGGUGAUAUCGAGUCAGAAUGUUGCAUACCCGAACCCACACCCAAACCUCAUGUACCUUGGCGUAAACCGGAAACACCCAAGUCUUUAGAGGCUAAACAAAAUUGGAAAUCAUUGAUUGUAUUAAUACCAUUACGUUUGGGUACAGAAAAAUUGAAUCCGGUAUAUGCUCACUGUUUGAAAUUAUUGCUCAGCACUGAAUAUUGUAUAGGCAUUAUUGGAGGUCGUCCAAAACACUCAUUGUAUUUUGUAGGAUUUCAGGAGGAUAAAUUAAUACAUUUAGACCCGCAUUACUGCCAGGAAAUGGUGGAUGUUAAUCAGGAGAAUUUUCCCUUACACUCAUUCCACUGCAAGUCACCCAGAAAGCUUAAAACUAAUAAAAUGGAUCCAAGUUGCUGUAUAGGCUUCUACUGUCAAACAAAAACUGAUUUUGAUAAUUUUGUAGAAUCCGUGCAAAUGUAUCUUCAUCCUAUGCGCUGUGCUUCGGGCUCUUUGGAAAAACAGCUUCCCGUCAACACACAACAACAACAAAUGCCUUCAAGUUUGACCAAUAGUUUUACGGAAACAUCAUCAUCAUCACAAUAUGCCGAAAUGAAUUAUCCCUUAUUUUCAUUUUCAAGAGGACGUUGUUUGCAACAUGAGACCCAUAAUGAAAUGAGUGAUUCUCUAUAUAAACCUUUGCAAAGACAACUACAACAAAUCAACAAUGAUUCGUUGACAGCAGCAAGCAAUGAUGAUGAUAGUGAAACAGAAGAAUUUGUUUUACUUUAAAUCACUAAUAUUAUUAAUUUUUAACAAGCUGGUAUUACGUGCCUGCUUAUCACAAAACAAACAAAAAAAUACUACAUAUUCUCUAUCAGCACUAUUCUACGUAAAAGAGCUUCACUUGAAACCAUAAAGACGUCAGUUAGGUUAUGCUCCCAAAAUAAAUUAAUGGAAAUUUGUUUGGGGCUAUUGUUUAAAAGAAACCCCUGUGUUCUUUAAAAGGUGAAAAAGUAAGAUCAACUUCUGGAAUAGUUCAAAAAUAUCUCAUGUCAUUAUAUUAUACUAUAUACAAUACAAAAAGAAAAUUUAUUUUUUUGUGUUACAUAUGUAUCUCAAAAUUGUAAGACUUAUUUAUUAAUUUUCUUCAAUCAAUCCUUUUUUGGAACAAUGCAAUAUUCAUAUGUUUAGUUUAUUUGUGUAUUAUUAUUCAUACAUUUUAUUUUAUUCGCAUUGUUUAUCAUCUUUUAUACAUUUUAUUUGACUUAUUUUAUUCUUAUCGGAAAUACGUACACAUAUACAUACAUACUAUAUUUAUACAUACAUAUAUAAAAAAAAGUUUAUUUUAAUUUAUUUGUAGUUUUAAGUUUACUCUACUAUAGUAGCGUAGUGUAUAGAAAAUAAUGAUUUAUUUAUAUCAGUCGUUUGGUGGUAUCUAUUUAAUUUGUCUUUUAUUUAUUUGUUAAGGUGCAAAUAUUAAAAUCACAAAACAACCAACCAACCAGCAUACAAUAUAAUGGAAACAAACCAACAAAAAAAAAAAACAUUCAAAAUAUUUAUAUAUGAUAUCAUUUUUAAAUUACGUACUCGUACCUUAUUAUCUAAUUUAUAACUGACAAAAAAUUUUUAUUUAUAAAAAACGUUGAUAAAUGUUUUUUUUCUACUUUUAAUAAUUACAUUUUAAGCCUUUUUUGCCGUUACGUUAAUGCCACACACCAUUUUAUUUACAAUUUUUAAGUACGUACAGAAAUUUCAUUUGUAUUGUGUUUAAGAAUAUAUCUUCAUUUAUUAACUUAACAUGAAUCCAUUUACAUUUAAUGAUAUUGAAAUAAAUAUUAAAUAAUUUUCAAAAAUA